AAGAGACAGAGGGCGCUUUACUUUUGAUGAGUUGAGGAAGUGUGUUGUGUGUGUGGGAGUGAAGGACGGCUUUUGUUUCUCACAACCCAAAUCUCAUUUCCAGAGAAUAAUAAAAAAGGAGGAAUAAAAAUGUGCAGCAGAUGAGAAGAUUCUAUUCCCCCUCUUUUCUUCCUCCUUAUCUCAGUCCGAUUUCCUCUUGCUGCCGAAAAAAAAAAGGAGAAAAAUUGGAUCUUUUCUCUUCUCUCUCUGUGAUUUAUUUGGCUUCUGAUUAUAAUCCACCGUCUUUUUUUUUUUUUGAAUCUGGAGGAGAGAUCGAUUGAUUAUCUAGCUGAGUGAAGCUUUGAAGAAGAAAAGAUUGCCUUUUUGGGGGGAAUUUUGGUGGUUUUGGAUUAGGAAAGAUGGGAUUUUGGUGGCUGGAAGAGGCUUUCCGAUGAGUUAGAUCGAGUGGAGCGGGUGAGAUAGAGAGCGAGAGGAGAGAUGAGGGCGGGGCUGAGCACGAUCCUGCAGACGCUGACACCGGAGGCAUCGGGCGUUCUGACGCAAUCCAUCGCCGAGGCGGCGCGGCGGUGCCACGGGCAGACGACGCCGCUCCACGUCGCGGCGACCCUCCUGGCCGCCUCCGGCGGGAUUCUGCGCCAGGCAUGCGUCCGCUCGCAUCCGCAGUCGUCCCAUCCCCUGCAGUGCCGCGCGCUCGAGCUCUGUUUCUCCGUUGCCCUAGACCGCCUCUCCGCCGCCAAUCCCGGUCUCGCCGCGACCGCCGAGCCUCCAAUCUCGAACGCGCUCAUGGCGGCCCUCAAGCGCGCCCAGGCCAACCAGCGCCGCGGGUGCCCCGAGCAGCAGCAACAGCCGCUCCUCGCCGUUAAGGUCGAGCUGGAGCAGCUCCUUAUGUCCAUCCUCGACGACCCCGCCGUCAGCCGCGUGAUGCGCGAGGCUAGCUUCUCUUCCAUCGCUGUCAAGGCCGCCGUCGAGCAAUCCCUCUCAUCCCCUUCUUCCUCCACCGCCACCGCUGCACCCGCGGCAUCAGUUAUUUCCCUCGCCACUGCCUCUCCCAUUCCCUCCGCUUCCCCCCUUCACAUUCUCACCAACCGCGCCGCCGUCUCCCGCAAUUCCUACCUGAAUCCCCGCCUCCACCAGCACCAGAGCAGCAACGUCAAUACUGCCCUGAUUUCUGCCGGAGGUGCCACCGACCAUCCGAGGGGCGAGGAAGUGAAGCGUGUUUUAGACAUCCUCUCCAGAUCCAGAAAGAGAAACCCCGUCCUUGUCGGAGACUGCAAUCUCGACGCUGUCUUGCGAGAAGUGCUCCACAGGAUGAUUCCAUCAAUCGACGCUUCGUCGCCGCUGCGGAACGCCCAAGUUCUCCCCUUCGCCAAGAAUAUCACCGCUGCCGUCCCCGCCCUCGACCAUUCUCAGAUCACCAGCAAGAUCAGGGAGCUUGGCAGUUCGAUCGAGUGCAUGAUCAGCAGUGGUGGCCGAGGCGUGAUUGUUGAUCUAGGAGACCUCAAAUGGCUCAUCGAGACCCCCAGCAGUGCUGGCUCAAUCCAGCCACCAAAGCCAGCCAUCCCUGAAGCCGGCAGGGCGGCAGUGGCGGAGAUGGGCAGGCUUUGGAAGCGGUUCGAAGAAAGUCGCAGACUCUGGUUAAUUGCGGUGGCUACUUCAGCGACGUACCUCCGGUGCCAGGUGUACCACCCAACAAUGGAGAUGGACUGGGAUCUUCAAGCCAUGCCAAUCACAUCGAGAUCAUCCUUCCACAACAUGUUUCCAAGGCUCGGGGCAAGUAGCAUAAGUGGCAACUCUGUAGAGGGUCUAACAGCAUCUGAAGGUAUAACAGGAGCAAGUGCUGCUGCAGUUCCCCUGAAACGUCCACCCGGAAGUUCCGAUCCCUCUUCUCGAAGAACAACCCUAUGCCCUGUGUGCACGGAGGGUUAUGAGUGUGAAUUAGCCAAACAUGUCGCCGAUGAAUGCAAGAAAUGCUCUGGGAAAUCGAAUGAGAGUGAGGGGUUGCCGCAGUGGUUACAAGUUGCCAAGCUUAGUAGUGUUGGCAGCACCAAGGUCUCUGCUCCUCUUCAGUGCGAGGAGGAUUGGAAGCAGAACACUGAAGAACUGCUGCAGAGAUGGAGUGAUACUUGUUCCCAACUUCAUCUGAAUUAUAGUCAGAUGCCAAUCAACUCUAGGAUACCAUUUUCUUCAGCAAUGUCCAAGAAUUUGAGUGUUCGGAGACCACAUCCACCGUCUGAGCUCAAGUUAACGUCAUCGCGAAGCCACUUAUCCCAUAUACUAGAAAUUAGUCAGGACACUGGUGCAGCAAAACUGCCAACCAGCCAUCCUGGAAGUCCAGUAAAGACCGAUCUAGUCCUUGGGAGCUCAAAUGUUUCCAAUUGUUCGCUGGAGAAAACACAGAAGGAGCGCCUCAGUGAUCUCAAUGGGUGCACUCAGAACAUGUUGGCUGGUCAGCAGAGAGCUGAAAUUGCUGGAGGUUUUGACAUUGACAUGUUUAAGAGGCUACUCAAAGAGCUCACAGAGAGUGUCAAUUGGCAACAGGAAGCUGCUUCAGCUGUUGUUGAUGUUGUCAUGCGAUGCAAAUCUGGAAAUGGAAAGAGGAGGGGAGGUGCUAUGAAACGAGAUACUUGGCUUCUUCUCAUCGGGCCUGACAAGGUUGGCAAGAAGAAGAUGGCUAACACUCUAGCUGAGUUAGUUUUCAGCACUGGUCCUACGGUUAUUGACUUUGGUCGUGCUUCAAGUGCCAUUGACAAUGACGAAGAGUCGAAUUUAAGUUACCGUGGAAAGACAUUGAUGGACCGAAUAGUGGAAGCAGUGCGGAAGAACCCUUUCUCAAUGAUUGUACUCGAGAACAUAGAUCAAGCAGACAUGCUGAUACAAGGUAGAAUUAAGCAAGCAAUAGAGGGGGGCCGUCUACUUGAUUCGUAUGGCCGGGAGGUCAGUUUAGGGAGUAUCAUCUUUGUUCUUAUCGCAGAUUGCCUGCCAGAAGAGCUCAGAUGCUCGUAUCAUUCCUUCAUGCAGUACGAGCAGACCAUCCUAGAUUCUGCUUAUGGGGGAAUGCAACUGGAGCUUACAACUGGGGAUCGGCCUGGAAAACGGUAUCCAAACUGGGUUUGUGAUACUGAUCAACCAAUCAAGAUACGAAAGGAGUCUGCUGUUAGUGCUAACCUUUCACUUGAUCUGAACUUAUCUGUUGGGGUGGAUGCCGAUGCCGGGGAAGGAUCACGGAACUCAAGUGACAUCACCACUGAGCAUGAGUAUGACAAGGGCAGGCUUGCUAUUAAUGGUUCAACAUCUUCAUUGGCACCAGAACUCAUUGAGCUAGUUGACAAAGCUGUAACAUUCAAGCCGGUUGACUUUGCUCAACUCCGUAAGAGCAUCCUUGAGUCCGUGCCGGUCAAAUUUAGAGCUAUUAUGGGCAAGGGAAGAGCAAUAAGGAUCGACGAUGAUUCUCUCAAUAGAAUAGUAGGCGGUCUGUGGCUCAGCGGCACAACUCUUGAUGACUGGGCCGAGAGGACGUUGGUUCCUAGCUUGAGGCAACUAAGAGACAACUUGAAGGCCGAUCGUGAUGGGCUUGUUGUAAUCAGGCUAUCAACGAUAAAAGGGGACCAAGUGCCUAGAAGUAGAAGCAGUGAUUGGUUACCGACAAUUGUGGCCAAACGAAGCACCGACGGGUAAACUCGUUUUAGGCCAGUAUGUAUAUACUAGUAAGAAAAAAACAGUUUCCUCUUAAAAUUUCCUUCUCAAGUUAAUAAUGGUUAUAUGCAAAGAGGAACUCAUAGGUAUAGGCUGGAGAAGUUCAACACCAACACCAAUAUGAUUCAUUACGAUAAGAGUAAUUGUAAUCUGUUCCACAUUAUUCUUCUUGUUCUUCAUUCUUCCUUGUUUUGUAAGGCACAGUAUCAAGAUCGCUGACAUAAAAUACAACAUGGAUUGAAUUGGCCUUAUCAUUGUCUUGCUGUC